AUGGCCAAGAACAUGGAAAACACCAGCUAUCGGAAGAUCGAUGUCGAUGCCUACGACCCGGAAAACUAUGAUGAAAAUGAGGACGCUGGCGAUACUCCUGGUCUUGGGCCUGAUGAGCGUACAGUGAAUUCGCAUCUACAAACUAAUCGCCUCGAGGAUGCACUUCAUGCUGCACUGCAGAAUCCACCAUUAAAAUGCAAAAAUCAGGCUGUUAAAGACAAAUCCACUAUGCUAGUCGCUAAAGUUUUGGGUUCAUUCAAAUCUAGUGAGAUUGACCCUGUUGUAAAGAAGCUCUCUCCUGAUGAAGGGGAUAUAUUGAUGAAGUACGUAUACAAAGCAAUGGAAAUAACACCAGAAAAUGCGCUGUGUCAGAUACUUUUGACUUGGCACUCAUUGUUAGUCGCUCGUUUUGGUCUCGGAUCAAUAAUACGUGUCUUCUCUGACCGAAGUCGCCUUUGA